AUGGACUUGCAAGUGGAAACAAAUGUAGAAGCGGUUUCGUCGUCACUUCCUCCUAAGGAAUGCUACAUAAUUACAAAGAAUAUGCAGAUUACAGAAGGAAAAAUGAGAAUGGGCGCUUCAAGACUACUGCUUUUCCUUUUCUGUGCCAUGCUCACACACCUUGUAAAGCUCGCCUUUCCGCAGCGAGAUCGCUUCGUGUACCAUCAUUGUUCCAAUACUGGUAACGUUAGCAGUAACAGUGCCUACAGAAAAAACGUCAAUACCCUCCUUUCAUCCCUUUCUUCUUACACCCAAAUCGAUUAUGGGUUCUACAAUUUCUCCACUGGAGAAAACUCCGACAGAGUUAACGCAGUUGCACUUUGUAGAGCAGACCUUACGCCGACCAACUGCCAGAGUUGUAUCAGUGUAUCAGAGUAG